AUGGUCGACGAAGAACCUUCCAUCAACAUCCCCUCCCUGCUCACUUUAGCAGUUGUCUCCUUCCUGGUUAUACGCUGGUUCCUGAAUCGUGAUGGCAGCAAUGGAGGUGCGAAUGGUGCUGGUCGGUCACGCGGUCGCAUGAUUGAUCCCGCUCAGGUUGAGCAGAUAUCGCAAAUGUUUCCGCAGUUGAAUCGGAGGGACAUCAUGUGGGAUUUGCAGAGGAAUGGAGGCAGUGUUGCGGCGACUACAGAGAGGAUAUUGACUGGACGAGGACUAGAUACGCCUCCACCAUCAUAUCAACCCCAGAUCCCACAACCUGCCAGUCCCACUACCAAUACUACACCUAUACCAGCCGCCAAGUCCGGGUCCCAAGACCUUAUAUCGCGCUACAACCUGAGCCAGCGAAUCGCCGAAGAACAAGAAAUAUCCUCUAAACAGGAAAGCGCCUGGUCACAGAACAAGAGUGAGCGUCAGCGACUGUUGCAGAAGCGAAGAGAUGAUAUGAUUCUGGCGGCUAGGAGGAAACUUCAGCAGAAAGAUCGGGAGACUUCUCAUGCGCAGGGUCCUGCUUUAUAA